AAAGGAACUUUUUUAGCGGCUGAACCGUCAAGGACAAGUUUUCAUUCAGGAGGAAAAAUAACAACACCAAAUAUCUUACUGUUUCCCCCUGAUUGCACGGUGGAACUAUUUCAAUUUUAAUUUCAGAUAACUUUAAAGUCCUGGAGGAUUAUUGCUGGAUUUUUACGCAUUUUGGAUUUAUUGCUUUGCUCUGCUGUUUUUGAGAAGCAGGCAGCAGGUUUGACCAUGAAGCUGACAGGGAUAUUUUUGCUCUUGAUGCUUUGGACCUGCGAGAGUGCGCGAGUCGCAGAGUCUCGAGAUGACAAUAGCGUGUAUGACUUGUUCGAGCUCGUCCAAGUCCCCAAGAAGAAUCACGGAGUGACCCUGGUGAAAGGAGACGACCCGUACAGCCCCGCCUACAAGAUCCUAAACCCGGACCUGAUCCCCCCUGUCCCCGAUAGCGCCUUUAGGGACCUGAUCGAUUCCAUCCACGCCGAGAGGGGAUUCCUCCUCCUGCUCAACUUUAAGCAGUCCAGGCGAACCAGAGGUAGCCUCCUUACCGUGGAGAAGCAGGACGGCUCCGGACCUGUGUUUGAGAUCGUGUCCAACGGCAAGGCGAACACCUUGGACAUAGUUUUCUCCACCGAGAAUAAGCAACAGGUGGUUUCCGUCGAGGAUGUGGAUCUGGCUACAGGGCACUGGAAGAAUAUCACGCUGUUUGUGCAGGAGGACCGCGCGCAGCUGUAUGCGGGAUGCGAGGAGGUGAAUACCGCCGAGCUUGAUGCGCCCAUCCAGAGCAUCCUGACUCCGGAGACGCCUGCCAGCGCACGCCUGAGGAUCGGCAAGGGAGCAGUAAAGGACAGGUUCAUGGGGGUCCUCCAAAACGUGCGGUUUGUGUUUGGAACCACUCUGGAUGCCAUCCUGCGCAACAAAGGAUGCCAAAACACCAUCACGACUGAAAGCAUGAUCCUGGAGAACCUGAACGGCUCCUCAGCUAUUAGAACAGAGUACACCGGACACAAGACGAAAGACCUGCAGAUGGUCUGUGGCUUCUCCUGUGACGACCUGGUCAGCAUGUUUAAGGAGCUGAAGACCCUUGGUGUCGUGGUCAAGGACCUGGCUGUCAAACUCCGCCAGCUGACGGACGAGAACAAGCUAAUCAACAACAGAAUUGGCAUUCACAGCGGCGUCUGCAUCCACAACGGCAUCGUGCACAAGAACAGAGAGGAGUGGACCAUCGACGACUGCACCAAGUGCACUUGUCAGAACUCUGCUACCGUGUGCCGAAAGAUUUCCUGCCCUCUGAUGUCCUGCUCUAACGCCACUGUUCCUGAUGGAGAGUGCUGUCCAACCUGUGGAACAUUGAGCGACUCUGCAGAGGGCGGCUGGUCGCUUUGGUCUGAAUGGACCCAUUGUUCCGUGUCAUGUGGGCGGGGCAUCCAGCAGCGUGGGCGCUCUUGCGAUCGUAUCAAUAACAACUGUGAGGGUACCUCUGUGCAGACCCGAGACUGCUACCUCCAGGAGUGUGACAAACGCUUCAAGCAAGACGGCAACUGGAGCCACUGGUCACCCUGGUCAUCCUGCUCCGUCACCUGUGGUGCUGGUGUCAUCACCCGUAUCCGCCUUUGCAACUCCCCCACCCCUCAAUUUGGCGGCAAGGAGUGUGUGGGAGAGGGCCGCCAAACCGAGAAGUGUCAGAAGUCUCCAUGUCCGAUCAAUGGCAACUGGGGACCCUGGUCACCAUGGGACAGCUGCAGUCUUACCUGUGGAGGUGGUGCCCAGAUCCGUAAACGCCUAUGCAAUGACCCUGCCCCCAAAUACGAUGGAAAAGAGUGUAUUGGUGAUGCCAAAGAGAGCCAGGCGUGCAACAAGGAAACCUGCCCAAUUGAUGGAUGUCUCUCAAACCCUUGCUUUGCUGGAGCCAAGUGCACCAGUUUCCCUGAUGGUUCUUGGAAGUGUGGAAAGUGCCCAGCUGGCUACACGGGCAAUGGUAUCAAAUGUAAAGAUGUUGAUGAGUGUAAGGAGGUUCCGAAUGCUUGCUUUGAGUUUAACGGCGUUCACCGCUGUGAGAACACAAAUCCCGGCUACAACUGUCUGCCCUGCCCUCCUCGCUACUCAGGACCCCAGCCGUUUGGUAGAGGCGUGGAGCAGGCUGCUGCUAAUAAACAGGUGUGCACACCCCGUAAUCCCUGCCUGGACGGAAGCCAUGACUGCAACAAAAACGCCCGCUGUAACUACCUUGGACACUUUGCCGAUCCAAUGUACCGCUGCGAGUGCAAGCCAGGUUAUGCUGGCAACGGCCAUAUCUGUGGAGAGGACACCGAUCUGGAUGGGUGGCCCAACGCUGACUUGGUUUGUGUGGAAAAUGCCACCUACCACUGCAAAAAGGACAACUGUCCAAACCUCCCCAACUCCGGACAAGAAGAUUAUGACAAGGAUGGCAUUGGAGAUGCUUGUGACAGCGAUGAUGACAACGAUGGCAUUCCUGACGACAGGGACAACUGCCCAUUCGUGUUCAACCCUCGGCAGUAUGACUAUGACCGGGAUGAUGUGGGUGACCGCUGUGACAACUGCCCCUACAAUAGUAACCCAGACCAGACGGACACUGACAACAAUGGAGAGGGAGAUGCCUGCGCUGUGGACAUUGAUGGAGAUGGCAUAAUGAAUGAGAGGGACAACUGCCCCUAUGUGUACAAUGUUGACCAGAAAGACACAGAUCUGGAUGGAGUGGGAGACAUGUGUGACAACUGCCCACUGGAACAUAAUCCUGAUCAGGUUGAUUCAGAUGACGACCGUGUGGGUGACAAGUGUGAUAGCAACCAGGAUAUUGAUGAGGACGGACACCAGAACAACCUGGACAACUGCCCGUACAUCCCCAAUGCUAACCAGGCAGAUCAUGACAAGGAUGGCAAGGGAGACGCUUGUGACCAUGAUGACGACAACGAUGGCAUCCCCGACGACAAGGACAACUGCAGACUGGCCUUCAACCCUGACCAACUGGACUCUGAUGGUAAUGGUCGUGGAGAUGCUUGCAAAGAUGACUUUGAUCAAGACAAUGUUCCUGACAUCUAUGACGUGUGCCCUGAGAACUUUGACAUUAGCGAGACUGACUUCCGCAAGUUCCAGAUGGUUCCUCUGGACCCCAAAGGCACCUCUCAGAUUGACCCUAACUGGGUUGUCAGGCAUCAGGGCAAGGAGCUUGUGCAGACUGUCAACUGUGACCCUGGCAUCGCUGUCGGUUACCACGAGUUCAAUUCUGUCGACUUCAGUGGAACUUUCUUCAUCAACACAGAGAGGGAUGAUGAUUACGCUGGUUUUGUUUUCGGCUACCAGUCCAGUUCCAGGUUCUAUGUAGUGAUGUGGAAGCAGAUUACGCAGACGUACUGGUCUAAUAAACCCACCAAGGCUCAAGGAUACUCUGGUCUGUCCAUUAAAGUGGUCAACUCCACCACUGGUCCAGGAGAGCACCUAAGGAAUGCCCUCUGGCACACAGGGAAUACUCCAGGACAGGUCCGCACUCUUUGGCAUGACCCUAAGAAUGUUGGAUGGAAAGACUUCACCGCAUACAGAUGGCAUCUGAUCCACAGACCGAGAACAGGACUCAUAAGAGUGGUGAUGUAUGAGGGCAAGAAGAUCAUGGCAGAUUCUGGUAGCAUAUAUGACAAGACAUACGCAGGUGGCAGGCUAGGUCUUUUUGUCUUCUCACAAGAGAUGGUAUACUUCUCGGACCUCAAGUAUGAAUGCAGAGAUGUCUAAAUGCCCGGCGCAGGAAUCUCUGAGGGAUGCACCUUUUUUGUACAAAGUAUGAACUUGUGUUUUCUAAUGCAAAGUCCAGGGACCGAUAUAUCUCCGCAACUCUUUCUUCUGCGGUACGCACACUUGGACCAGAGGGUCAUGCGAUCAGAUUCAAGGUAGCUUGAAGCAGGUUUGGACAAAACACCAACCUGUUGACUACCAGUUGAGGAUCAGAGAGCCCCUUCUUCUCCAUCCUAUGAGAGCAGAGAGAGAGCUCUGGAAAAUAGAAGACAAGUCCUUCCCCGUAGGACACACACACACAUCUUUCUGUCCCAGCUCUGCCUGCUUUUCUGAAAGACCUCAUUUAUGUCUGUGUGGGAAUGCUCCCCAUUGGUAACUAUGCACUUCCAAGCCUUUACAUCUCUCUCUGUUUCCGUCAAACCUCUGUAGCCUUUGUGCCUUUCUACCUUACCUUCCGAAUGGACAUCCCAAAGAAAAAACUGAUGAAACAUGUCAUUCACUUUACCAGAUCUGCCAGGAUGUAGAUUUUGAAAGAUAGAGCUUUUGAGGAAUCAAAGGAUGAAGACAGCAGACACAUUUUUUUUUAGGAAUCUCUGUUGAUGAGGACACAGGACUCCAGAGACUAUUGGGUGUGGAAAAGGUAGACAAUAAGGGGAACAUGUUGUUGUAGAUGUUAAUGUUAAUGAGUGUAAUGUAUGUGGAAGACUGGACAUGAAUGGAGCAAGGGGGGCUUUUACCCAUCUACCUAAGAAUCUCUUUAGAAGAUUACUAUGAAAAAGAGAACUACAUUUUUUUAAACUUAGGUCAGCUCUCUUUUGAACUUUUAAGUAUCAUGGGCUAUGUUUAUGGUGUCUUGUAAUCAAACAACUCUGAGGGUGAGAUGGAAGUCACUACCUUCCAAUAUCAAACCACAAAGACUAAAAUUAAGGAUUUUGAUGUGACUUUUUUUUUACAGAAAAUUGCACAAGCCAGUGAUCUAAGAGCAAACACUCCCUCUGAAAGAGCCUCCAUUUUCCAUCAAAACCUUGGUCAACUAAGAGAUUUAUCUCCCUCAGCGAAUGAGGAAUUCAAUUUGAAAUUAUGUAAAUACAUGUAAUUUAUUGACUCUUGCCUACAAUGUAGGCAGUUAAAGGAAUUUGAUUGCUUUGAAAAAGUAAAACUCCAUCCUCCACAAUCAGGUACAGCCAGGUGUCGGAAGCAUGAUGCAUGCUUCUUCAGUGUCUUAUCAUCUGUACAAAGUGAAUUAGAUAUUCUUCAGAUAGAGUUUCUUAGCAUGAAGUGUGUGCCUUUUCUUCAGAGAGAGAUGAAAAACAAAGGAAAUCUUUGAUGUACAAAUAUUACCUCAUUGCUGUUGUAUAAUUUGAUCAAACAAAAACACAACCUAAGUACUUUUUCAUAUUCAUUUACAAUGAUGGACAUUUUAGUGCUACUGUAGCAUGAGCUGUACAUAGUAUGACACUUCUUAUCUUAAAACACAACAGUCUCCCAAACCUGUGAUCUUCCCUGGUGAGGUUAACAGAACAAUGGGAGAUUUCUUUUUUUUAAAGGUCAUUUUUGCUUUAUCACGAUAUGUCCAAUGCUGUUUUUUUAGCAGGUAAAUUAUUCUCUGUUUUGUUGUAGCUGUUUGAAAGAGGUUGAUUUGUGUGUGCGUGUGUGUAGAAGAUGCUAUUUAAAUAAUUUAUCAGGAUUUGUUGCCUUGCUAAAGGGCACAUGUCCGUCUGUAUAAACGGUUUGCACACUGACGUGAGGAUGUUCUGUUCUUUAUCGUUUUUACUUUCUUUGUUUUUGUGUAUCAAUGUUACCGAUAUUUUUGUACAAUUAGUUUUGCUUUUCUGUAAACAUUUUUCUUAGAUGUACAAAGCGAAAAUGCUGUUUUUAUUCAUAGCAAUUAUUUUGUUACAUACUUCAAGACAAUAAAUAGUUGUUACAGUU